ACAAUAAUAAUUGCAUCAACCGCUUAUUGGGAUUCGCACUUUGUGAUGUUAACAUUUUCAAGAUCUGCCCCAACAAAGUUCCCCUAUUAAUUUUUUGCACGUCUCCCUCCUUUUUCCUCCCCAUUGGAGGAGAAACCAAUAUAAAAAGUGGAAUAGAGAACCCAAAAGCUGUACAGUUGACACCCACCAACUAUAUAUUUACUAAUAUUUAUGGUUGAAAAAGAUAAAAAUUCUGCACUGAGAAAAGGUUAGGGUUUUGUCUUUUGCAAUCAGCUUACCUAUGUGCAGAUUUUCCAGGUGUGUUUUUAGUUUUGAGGGAUAUUUUCAGCUGGGUCGAAGGAUUCAUGGUGGAAAAUGUUUUGUUUGUUCGAUUCUUGUGGGGCUAUUUGAAUGAUCAAUUCGUCUUCGUUCUAUUGAGAAGUGAGACUUUAAGGCAGUUUUAUGAAGAAUCGCAGCUCGGGACGGAUUGAUUAACCUUUAAGGAGGUUUUCCAUAUUUGGAUUAUACUGUGCAAUUUUAUGCUCCGGAGGCACUUGUGGUGUAUUGGAGAAGUGAUUGCAGCUUUGAUGAAUUAGGGCUUUGUUUAUUUGGGGUUUUAGAGUUAUGAUCGAAUCAUUUAUCCUGUUAGCAUGUUGUUGUACGCAAUAGUAGAUUCUGGGUGGAUAUAGGAGUUAAUUAAUAACAGGUAUAUGUAUGGAAAUGGCAGCAGAAUCUAACACAGGGUUUCAUCACCAAUUUUUAUCGUUCCAAUCAGGGGCGAUAGGGAGCUCAUCGUCCGAGAUGAUGUUGAUGGGUAAUUACUACAGUAGCCUUGGAAUGAAUUUCAAUGUAAAUAAUAAUGGUGGAGGAAGAGGGAUGCUGUAUUCUGGGAAUCCAAGUGUGAUUACCAACAAUGGCCGGAGUAGCAGUAAUCCAGGAAUGAGCCAGUCUGGAAGUUGUUCGAGUUCUUUCCUUAUUGAUUCAGUCCCGGGGCUCAAGCAUGACACUGGGCUGGCGGUAGAGUGGACCGUUGAGGAACAGUACAAACUGGAUGAAGGACUUAUCAAAUUUGCCAAUGAACCCAGUAUAAUGAAGUACAUUAAGAUUGCAGCCUCGCUCCGCGACAAAACUGUACGUGAUGUUGCAUUAAGAUGUAGGUGGAUGACGAGAAAGCGCAGGAAACAGGAAGACUAUAAUUUGGGAAAAAAAGUGAAAGACAGGAAGGAAAAAUCAGCAGAAGUGCCGGUGAAAACUGGUACAUCCUCACCACUGAGCUUCAUUCCGUAUUCGCUCUCCUCAAACCAUCGUGACCAUGGUGAUGUGACGCCUUCUGCAGCAUUACUUGGAACGAAACAUCUACUGGAAGAAAACAAUCAGGCUCUGAAUCAAAUUUCGGCAAAUCUUUCAACAGUCAAGUUGCAGGACAACAUUGAUCUCUUCAUCCGAACGAGGAAUAACAUAACAGCAAUUCUGAACGACAUGAGAAAUAUGCCAGGGAUUAUGAGCCAAAUGCCACCCCUUCCAGUUUUGUUAAACAAUGAACUUGCUAGUAGUCUUUUGCCUAGUACAACUCAGCCAAUGAUGUUUGCCUCCACAAGUGGAAUCCAGCUGAAACAAGAGCCAGGCUGUUGAUGGAGAACGCUUGGUGCUAAAUUUGGAUCACUAGCUUGUGUAAGUAGACCAAUUUUUUUGCUGUAAAUGCAUAAAUGCUGGCAGGUCUUUGCAGCUUGGAUAUAGACGACUGGGUUCCCCAAGAAAUUUUAUCAGAACCCAUUUUUUUUGGAAGCUGAACACAUCUGAACACGAGCACCAGGAAAUAACAGCCUCAUAUGUUAUUUUGCAUAUCAGGGGACAAACUGUUGUCUUGAUAAUGCACUUGCAAGUUCAUUUUCUUGUUUCCACCCUGUUUGUAAAUUUAGGAGACAAAUCGAUCUUCAAGGUCGUUUUCCAUGGUGCUUGAUCAACUUUUAGCUUUUCUUUAUAAUGCCUUAAUAUUUGAA